AUGGAUCAGGUUAAGCAUAAUUACGUCCAAGUCGACGGGCUGAAGCUCCACGUAGCAGAGAUUGGGUCCGAAUCAGCACCUGUGGUGCUUUUCUUUCAUGGAUUUCCGGAGAUAUCCUACACUUGGCGCCAUCAGAUGAUUGCGGUUGCAAACGCGGGUUACAGAGCCAUUGCACCGGAUUACAGAGGAUACGGACUAUCCGACAUCCCUGCAGAACCCGAGAAGACGUCAUUCGCUGAUUUGGUCGCAGAUACGGCCACCAUCCUAGAUUCUCUCGCCAUACCUAAGGUAUUUGUCAUUGCAAAAGAUUUUGGAGGAAUGGUUGGCUACAUAUUUUCUCUUUUCUUCCCGGAAAAACUUGCAGGAAUCAUAACACUCGGAAUUCCCUAUAUGCCUCCGGAGGCUUUGCAACAACUUCAAACCCUCCCUGAAGGGUUCUACAUGCGAAGAUGGCGGGAACCUGGAAGAGCGGAAGCUGAUUUUGGCCGAUUUGAUGCUAAAACAGUGGUGAGAAACAUCUAUAUUUUGUUCUCUGGAAGUGAAGUACCCAUAGCCAGUGAAAACCAAGAGAUAAUGGAUUUGGUGGAACCUUUAGCUCCUCUACCCUCUUGGUUCACAGAGGAGGAUCUUGAGACCUAUGCUGCUUCGUAUGCAAAGUCUGGAUUUCAAACUGCAGUCCAAGUUCCUUACAGGUCAUUAUUGGAGAUUGUUCAACCUCCAAACCACGGCCCAAAUGACCCGAUAGUUGUAGCUCCAGCACUUUUUAUCACAGGUGAUAAAGAUUUCUUUUACAACUUUCCCGGUAUGAAAGAUUACCUGAAGAGUGGGAUAGAAAAAUAUGUACCCAAUCUGGAAAUCAUAUACUUGCUUGAAGGUUCUCAUUUCAUUCAUGAACAAUUCCCGGACAAGGUGAAUCAACUCCUACUCAAUUUUCUCAAUCGCAACAAAUAUUAG